GACGCUCGUCCGGUGAGACCCUAGACUUGUGGCCUCCUAGUCGCGACUGACUGUGGAGUGAAGCUGAACCCUAAUGGAGCCCAUCGGCCAACAGCUUCUUUCGUUUUAAGCGGCCGGUUGUGCUACACUUGAAAUUUUAAACCAUCGACUUCUUUGUCAUUUCCUUUUAUGAAAACUGACGACUUUAGUGUGUAUCUUCCACUAUGAGUAAAUCUGCAAGAAUACAUGCACAUCCGUGCAUUGUUUGCAACGAACUCGUUGAGAAAAGCCUUUGUCAGGAUCAUCCAUGGUUAUAUGGACUUGCCUGCCCUAACUGCUUAGUAACCUGCAAGUCUACAUCUGCAAAGUGGUUCAAUACCGUAUCAUUUGAGUGUGAAAAUUGUGGUGACAUAAAGAACUUGACUAUUCACUUGGACAGACUGGUUUGUUUGAAUUGCAUUGAUCAUGACAGUGAUAAAAGUUCCUCAAAAGCCAGAUAUGAUUGGAUGGAAAAGAUAACAUUGCUGCAUCUGAAAAACAAACGAGAAAAGAGGCCCCUUAGAGUUCUUUCUCUGUUUGAUGGAAUUGGAACUGCACUUCUUGUAUUGGAUACCCUAGGAUUUGAGAUUGAAGAGUACUUUUCCUGUGAAAUAGAUGAUGCAGCAUUAGCUGUUCUAAAUUUUCACUUUCAUGGCAGGAUCAAGCACUUGGGUUCUGUUAAUACUUUAACUGCAGAGAAGCUGCGGUCUCUUGGCCACAUAGAUCUACUUCUUGGUGGGUCUCCUUGUAACGAACUUAGUUUAGCUAAUCCAUGUCGAAAAGGACUUUAUGAUCCAACAACAUCCGGAGUACUCUUUUUUGACUUCAAUAGAGUUCUUAAAUUUCUUCAAGCAUCUUCUAUCAGAAAUGGCCGAAUGUUCUUCUGGCUUUUUGAGAAUGUUGCAGCUAUGCCGCAUGACUUCAGGGACACCAUUUCUAAAACACUGAAUUGUAAACCAGCAACAUGGGAUGCCAUUCAAUUUCUACCAGCCAAAAGAGCUCGUUUAUUUUGGGGGAAUAUUCCUGAAAUGCAUCGAAAGCAGAUUGUGAACACACCUCCUCCAUUACUUGAUGAUAUACUCGAGCCAUACCGCAAAGCUUUGGUACAAUCUUUACCGACCCUGACUACUACCUUCCAUUCACAAACAAGUGGUAAAGAACUGCAGUUGCCUGUGAUGCAAGAUGGAAAUGAAGAUGGUUUACUUAUCACUGAAAGGGAACGACUAUUCGGGUUUCCCAGCCACUUCACAGAUGCAGAUAUCUCUCUCACUAAGCGUCAACGUUUGCUAGGUAGAGCAUGGAGUGUGCCUGUAAUUGAAGAAAUUCUAUUUCCUUUGACAACAUUAUACAAAAAGCGACAAUUAAAGCAUUAAGAUGUUCAGUGUCA